CAUGCCGAAAGUUGGCCAAAGUGUGGUUCCACACCAGCAGAAGCGAAGAGUCUCGGAUGCAAGUUCGACAUUCUCAGCUUCGCAUGGCAGCUACCAGCAUGCUACGACGAAAAGAUCAUGGACGAAUUCCUAGCCGAGAAAGACUGGGUCUUCUACCGCGAGCCCAACGGCACAUCGCCCGUUUCCAGAGACGUUGCGUUGCAAAGAGAGCUCGACUUGUUCGUUACUCAAGAGUAUCGCCGUACACAUUGCAUGUACACGUGGCGACAGAUGCACCGCGCUUUUACGAUUCAAAAACACAUUGACAGUCACCUGAACGACUAUUACCAUACGCUCCAUUGCCACCAUGUCAUGCUGGGUGAACAGAUCCCAGCGGAUGCGGUUGGUGCUGUUGGCACGGUGAAAUAUCCCGCUUGC